AUGGUGGCUCUGGAUAAUAAUCACAUUCAAACCUGCUCCUUACACGGUGGAAUGACCAAUACUCAGAGAACAUUCCAACUCAAAAAAUUCAAUCAGGACCCAGAAGUUGAUGCUUUUGUGGUCUCUAUAGAGGCUGGAGGGGUUGGUUUAGAUAUGACUUGUGCAGACGAGGUCUACAUAAUGGAUGCCCAUUGGAACCCCCAAAUAGUACAGCAAGCAGUUGACCGGGUUCAACGAAUGGGUCAGACUCAUCCAGUCAAUGUUUUUCAUGUAGUUGUUCAGGAUUCUGUUGAACAGCACCUCUUCAAUGUUCAGAAGAAAAAGGCUUCUUUAGCAAGUAAAGUAAUUACUUUAUCGGUUCCCAAGGAUCAACUAGAACAAUGUGUCAGGGCUGGUGAUACUAUGGGUGAUGAAGUUGAAGAUUUUGAUGUCAAUAUGUGCUAUAAGAUGUAG